UGGGUCCGUCCCAAAAACUCGAUUUCAUCAUCCUCACCGCAAUAGCCAUCAUUAAUGCUCCGGAGGCUCCUGACAUCGAGCAGGCCGCUACUCACGCGGGCACGCGCUGCUACGUUCCCGGGUAUCAGCCUCCCACUCCCAUCCACCGUUACUCGUGUCGAGUCUGCCGUUCCGACAUUCACCAGGGGGAUGAAAGUUCGCUCUUCGGUCAAAGUUAUGUGUGACGGCUGUAGCAUCGUCAUAAGAAAAGGCCGCGUCUAUGUCGUGUGCUCCAAGAAUCCCAAACACAAGCAGCGCCAGGGCUGAGCGUACACCCGCUCGGUUCGAAGGGCUUGCUGAGCACCGCAUCUACCCUAAUGUAGAUUUGCAGCCAUGUUGUCAUUCACACCCUGCCGUUUCUCUUUUGUGUUCCAGUGAACAAGCAAUUUUUCCAAGCAC